AUGAACCGCAAAUGGGAAAAGGUAAAGUUUACAUGGCUAAAUAAAGCCGUGGACUCCCCCAGAAAGCUCAUGAAGAACAAUAUGGGUGUGGCACGGCCCACAUCCUUGGAUGGAGAUGGCCAGAAUGAUGCUGGUGUGAGCGAUAUUGGCUCCCCUGGCCUGAACACAUCUACUGGGUUGGGUGAAAUGGAAAAAAUGUACCUCAGCACUCAUAAAGAAACGUCAAGUUCUUCAAAGGCUCAGGUCACACCCAAAACGCACUCAAAGUUCACUGGGCGCCACAGAGCAUUGCAGAAAAGAACCAGUCCUGGUGAGGACAUGGUUUCAGGACAACAAACCCUUGUUGGACCUUCACCUCCUUCUGCUGGGAGGAAACGCAAUAGUUCAGAAGAGGGGUUAAAAGUAAUUUACCUCAAAGCGCUGAAUGCUGUGAUGUGGAAUGCGGACAAGAAGUCACCCCUUGAUGGACAAAAAAUAACCUCUACAAGGAAAAUUCUCAACAAACCUGUGAAGGCAAAGGAAGGAAAAAACUUACCAACUGACCAAAACAGCUCUGACCAUAACUGCUGUGCAUUUAGUGAGGAGAAUGAAGCGCUUCCUCUGAUCAAGACUAAGGACAAUAGGCCUCCACCAAUGGCGUUCAUAGAGACGGAAGACGACGAGAGUGAAAAAAAGUUGGACACCAGGAGUGUGAUCCUAAAGAGAUCAGAAUCACCUGAUUGGUCAGAUGUCGAGGACUCUGAACAAGUUGAGGUUUUCUCACAGGAUGAGUCCUUGGAGUACAAGAGGGAUUAUCAGCUUGUGGUCAUCAAGGACAUGCCCCCAGCAUUGAAAUACAUACCUUACUCAUCACCACCUUUCUUGUCUCCAAAAUACUGGGACUCAGAAUCUAGGCACCCUCAAGAAAGUGGGCCUGACUCUACCCUCCCUCCCAGCAGCACAGUUGGUACUGGUUGGCCAUUGUUACCUGCCAGGGAGGUGGAGGUGUUAUCAAAACAUCCACCCCAGGACACUGCCUCUGACCUUGCACCUUCCAAAAACCAUGUGCGUAGCUCUGCAUUACGACGGUCCCUCAAAUUACAGCCGUCAAGUAUCAGUGCAUCUCCAUUGGCUGAUCCUUUCCCUUUGCUCAGCAGAGCUCAUAGAACCGUAACCUCUGCCCCCACAACACCUGGUAGCUGGGCUUGCUCGCCUCUUAUUGUACGCAGGACUUCGGACUCAAAGACAUGCGCAUCCUCGCAUAUGCGUUUAAAUAUGGACCGUGCCACCCGCAGCAUGUUGGUUGGCUCUGAGCCCCUUUGGCUGUCAGACUUGGACUAUUCGAAUGCAGAUUCUCAAGGAUUUAUUGACACUCAUUGUCACCUUGACAUGCUCUAUGCGAAGUUGGGUUUCCAGGGAAGUUUCCAAAGAUUUCAAAGGGAGUAUGCAAGUAGUUUCCCGGUGGAGUUUAGGGGUUGCAUCGCAGACUUCUGCCACCCACGAAUAACCCAGAGAGAGGAAAUUUGGGAGGGGCUACUCCGAGAGGAGCGAGUGUGGGGGGCUUUUGGCUGCCACCCCCAUUUUGCCAAGGAGUAUAACCACACUCAUGAGCAAAGCAUCAUGGGUACAAUGCGUCAUCCUAAAGCCAUUGCAUUUGGAGAGAUCGGCCUGGAUUAUUCGCAUAAGAAUUCCACAGACUCCAGGAAACAGAAAGAGGUGUUUGAACGGCAGUUGCAGUUGGCAGUCUCUCUUGGAAAGCCUCUUGUCAUUCAUUGCCGGGAUGCUGAUGACGAUGUGCUGAAAAUUAUGAAGAAGUGUGUUCCACGGGAUUACAAAAUACACCGACACUGUUUCACCAACAGCUACUCCGUGAUUGAGCCAUUCUUGAGUGAAUUCUCUAAUCUGUGUGUGGGUUUCACUGGACUGGUGACGUACCCUCGUGCUGUUGAGGCUCGAGAAGCUGUGAGGAAAAUCCCACUUGAUAGAAUCCUACUAGAGACAGAUGCACCAUAUUUCCUUCCCAGACAGGUACCUAAGUCUGUAUGUAGGUUUGCUCAUCCUGGAAUGGGCAUACACACGCUGCGUGAGAUUAGCCUGCUGAAAGGAGAGGUCUUAACCACAGUACUGCAAACGGUCCGACAAAACACUACGUUUAUCUACGGCCUGUAAUCGGAGACUGUUUUAAUUCCGGCUAGCACUGCUAGAAUAUACUUAUUGUACCUGUUACUAUAUAGCAACUGUAGUCCUUUUUUUUCUGCUGUUGUCAACUUGUAAGUCUUCCAUCUUUUUUUUUUUUUCCCCUUACAGCAAAGUACAAAACUAAAUGACUUUGGAUUUACAUAAUUGUACUAUAGUGUGUGAGUGUUGGAGCAUUGUGACAAGUGUUUCUUACUUGUCUUACUAAAUUCACAUGUUUAAAAAAAUGUUAGUAAUGCUUUUAUUUUAACAUCUCUUCAGUUUGUUUUAAAAUGGUUCUCUCUCUGUUCUCAUAAUUCUUUUCAUGUCUGCUUACAUGCUUAAAAUUUAUGUAUGCUAAUGUGAUAUAAGUGACAUAAAAUGCCAUCUUAUGUCUUCCGUUACAUUUAAAAUGAUUCAAAGUAAUACGCUGUACCAUCACAAGAAAUUGUAAGUGGAAAAAAAAUUGUGAAACACAUUGUGAAAAGCCACAACAAAUAGCUUUUAUCAAGUUGUUGGUUUUAUAUAAAUGUAACUCUCACCAGAGCUGACAGA